CUCACCUACUCUUAAAACUCAAGAGCUUUCGGGUUUUUGGACGAAAGGCCGUCGUAAAAAAUAAUGGAGUUUUGCCCAACUUGUGGGAACAUGUUGCAGUAUGAGUUGCCGCAUAUGGGUCGGCCUUCGAGGUUCUUUUGCCCGACUUGUCCGUACGUUUGUCACCUUGAAAACAAGGUUAAAAUAAAGAGAAGGCAGCAUCUUGUUAAAAAAGAAAUAGAACCCGUUUUCAACAAAGAAGAUAUGAAAAUGGGCGGGUCUGAGACUGAUGGUAAGUUAAUAUUUUUAUUCCUGAAGCAACAUGCCCUUCUUGUAGCCAUGGGAGGGCUCUUUUCUCACAGGUGCAGAUCCGGUCAGCUGAUGAGCCGGCUACGACAUUCUAUCAGUGCUUGAAAUGCGAAAAGAUGUGGCGUGAGGAUUGAGUACAUGUUAUUUCCCUCUUUCUUAUUAGGCCCUGUCAUCUUUAAAACUCUCUUUUUGAGUUUCAAAUUUUCAGUUUCCUAAGUUGUAAUCCUUUUUGGAAAAGAAAACACAAACUCUUGUUCUUCCGAGACAGAAGGGAAUACCAUAAACAAUAGAUUAACACUGCUUUCGGAUCCAA